CCAAUCCAGUCGCACUUUUACCAGUUACGACGGUAAUCGGCAUCGCCCUGUGCGCAUUUUCGGCAACUCCAGAAGAAACCUUUCUGCCUGCCUAACUGUGGCUGUGCGCCAUGGAGACAGUGAGGGUUCGUAUACUGUUCGAGGAUCGCAACAUUUUGAGCAAGUCUCAGAAAAAGUUGGGACUAAGGCGGAGCUGGAUUCUCCUAAAGCCCCAGCAAGAGACCAUCUCCGAUUUGGCCUCGUAUCUGCUCCACAUUUUCCACCUUCACGAUGCCUGUCCUCGCGGGAUUAUCCUCUCCAUGGAUAGCUUUGUGUUACCGCCAUUUGAGUCGACUUCAAUUUUCAAGGACAAAGACAUUGUUCGUGUGAAAAAUAAAGAGUGCACAUUGUCUGAGAUAGUUAUGGUAGGAGAUGAAGGGAAUCAUUUGGAUUUAGAAAUUGUGGAGAAGCAACCUGUAGCAACGGGUGUGCAGCUUCUUGCCAAUGACGAAUUUCAAAAGGAAACAGGAGGCUAUGAAAGUGAAUCAGAAGAGGAUGAACAUGAGGAGUCUGUGGAUGCUUUUGCUGUGGAAAGCAAUCCUGAUGAAAAGAAAGUUGCAAAGAAGAGAAAGGCAUCAAGGAAACUUCAGAGCUCAAAGAGGAAGAAAAAUAAAUCUGCCACUGGUGGAAAAUGCGAAGUUGUUCCUGAAAACACUGACAAUCAUGUCGAUGCAGAGCAGAAUUUGCAUCGGCAGAGUAUCCUCCCAAAAAGGUGUCUUGUGAAGAAAGACCAGCUAUCUGUGCUACAUUGUGAACCAGUGAAGUCAAGUACUCCUGGAGUUGAUGAAAGAAGUGACAACAAUAUUGGAAAAGUUGUACCAACUCAGGAAAAUCACCUUGAAUCUGGAUCGCGACGACACUUGAAAGGGAAACAAAAAAGGAAUUGUGGUACUCCACUUAAUGUGAACACUGGUGCGACGGGGAUGGGCUUGCUCACAGCUUAUACUGAUUGCUUGACUAGAAGAACUAACACAAUCAGAUCAUGCCAGCUUCAAGAAAAUGGCAAUGGGAGUGUGGAUGCAUCUGGUACACCUAAUGGAGCUGAAAAGCUUCCCAGUAGAAGUGCACGGCGGAAGAAGGCCAAGAGGCGAUGGCUGAGGGAACUUGCAAAAGCUGAAAAGGAGAAGCAACACCAGACCCAAUUACCAGAGAAAGUUGAUAUGCAUUUGCCUGAAAAAAGUUAUCAUGAACUUUUGGAAGAGCAUCCAGAGUUUGGAUAUUGUGAAGAAUGUCCGCAACAAGAUCAAGAUAGUGAUGUAGAAAAUGAUGUUGUUCCCAUUGUUGUUAGGCCAGGACACAUCCGUUUCGAACCCCUCGGUAAAGUUGAUGCUGAUCAGGUUGUGCAGCAGAAUCAAAUCCAUAUGGAAACAUUUCAGUGGAAUGGAAUAACCAGCAAGAAAAAGGGUCAAAAAUGGGGCAAAGAACAUAGUGCAUCUUGUAGAAGGAAUGACUAUACAAGUUUCAGUGAAGAAUGUCCUGAGACAGAGAAACCACCCCAAAGCCAAGUCAGUGGUAUUGAAGAAGAGACACUUAAGGAUGAUUGCAUUGACUUCGAUAAGCUUCAACCCCUUACUGGCUUGCCAAAGGAAGGCGAUGUCAUUGCGUAUCGUCUAGUAGAGUUAUCAUCAUCCUGGACACCAGAGCUUUCAUCCUUGCGUGUUGGAAAGGUAUCACGUUAUGACCCUGAUUCGAAUUUUAUAAUGUUGUUACCAUUCCCAGAAUAUCCUAUUGUUGUUGAGAAGAAGGCUGAUGAUGAUGGUGAUGCAUCUGCACUGCAAUCGGAAACAUCCCUAUAUGGGGAAGAUGGUUCUUUAGAGAUUGAUUUUUCCUCACUUGUGAACAUCAGUAUUAUCAAGCAUGCCAACUCAAAUUCAGCGAAAAUAGUCACCGAUGAGAUCAAUGAAGUUCCUGUUGGAGACCAAGUUACCGAAACCAGUUUGAGGUCCAACAGGAAUAACAAAGUUGCUGCUACCCAAGAAAAUGGUGAAGUAAAUGCGUGGGAAGAAAUUAGCAAGGCUUUGAACGCAAAAAAGGCACAACUGCCUCAAGAAGAGAAUUCAUAUAAAACUGAAUAUUCAGGAAGGCGGUCCAUGUCCUACAAGGGCUUGAGAAGUGGUGCACUGGGUCCAACAAUGGCAUUAUUAAGAGCACAAAAUGGACUGGUGUGACUGACUAACCAAUAACCAUUUCGAAGUCUAUAUGGUUCAAAAUCACAAGCAUCUUGUGAAAGUUUCGUAGAGUUGCGAAAUUGUGCUCAUGUUGUAUGAAUGCUAAAUAGGACAAGUAAUGAUGAAAGUUUUGUACAGAAUCUUUAGCUUGCUUAUAAGGCCUAUUUAAAGCAGUGUCUUAAGACUUGGUGAUGCCUUUUUAAUGCCAGUUUAGUAUUUGAAAUGGGAAAA